AUGUGCGCCGCCCGACACUUUCUCCGGCCGCUAUAUAAGCGCGCGGCGCGGGGCUCUCGGCAGUCGGUGAGCAACCGCGCCACACCAGCAGCAGCUGCACAGCACCAGCCAGAGCAGAAAAGCGUUCUCCUGCUCACAAACAUGGCCGCGCCGCGCACGACGCUGCUGGCCUUGUGCUGCCUUCUGGCGUCGUCCGCUGAAGUCUUCGGGUACGGCAGCAGACGCCUCGUACGCAGAGAUGCGCCACUGACGAGCUACGGAGCACCUUCCCGGCCGUCUUCCAUGUACGGAGCUCCUUCUGCAGGUGGUGGCGGCGGCGGCGGCGGCGGCUUCGGCGGAGGUGGCGGUGGUUUUUUUGGUGGAGGAGGCGGGAAACCGUCGAGCAGCUAUGGAGCACCCGCCGGGCCUUCCCGGCCAUCCAGCAUGUACGGUGCACCAUCAUUUGGAGGAGGAGGAGGAGGAGGCUUUGGCAACGGUGGUGGACGCGGGAAAAGCCACGGGGGAUUCGGCGGUGGAGGCGGAGGCGGAGGUGGAGGCGGAAAGUCUCGCCCGUCGAGCAGCUACGGUGCUCCGUCUUCUGGCGGCGGUUCCUUCGGCGGCGGAUCCUUUGGAGGUGGAUCUUUCGGAGGUGGUUCUUUUGGCGGUGGAUCGAUAGCUUCAGCUCCCUCAUCUAGCUAUGGUGCACCCUCGUCAGGUGGUGGCUCUUUCGGGGGCGGAUCCUUUGGUGGUGGCGGUGGAUCAUUCGGCGGUGGGAGCGGCGGCGGAUUUGCUUCUGCGCCAUCGUCUAGCUAUGGAGCACCAUCAUCGGGAGGUGGAUCAUUUGGCGGGGGUGGAGGAGGAGGUAGCCUAUCAUCCAGCUAUGGAGCACCCUCAGCUGGUGGCGGAUCUUUUGGGGGUGGAUCUUUCGGAGGUGGAUCUUUCGGAGGCGGUGGAGGAGGAGGCAGCCUAUCAUCCAGCUAUGGAGCACCCUCAGCUGGUGGCGGAUCAUUCGGCGGCGGUGGGUCUUUUGGAGGCGGCGGUGCAUCCUUUGGAUCGUCGCUAUCGUCUAGCUACGGUGCUCCUGCCAAGACCCCGUCAUCAAGCUAUGGAGCUCCUUCAUCUGGAGGUGGAUCAUUUGGCGGCGGUGGUGGAUCGUUUGGCGGAGGCGGUGGAUCAUUUGGCGGUGGUAGUUUUGGAUCUGCUCCAUCAUCCAGUUAUGGUGCACCAUCCUUGGGCUCAAGUUCAUCAUCUUCCAGUUUCUCGUCGUCAUUCUCUAGCAGUGGUGGCGGCGGCGGCCUUUCUUCUAGUUAUGGUGCACCUUCCUUUGGCAGUGGAGGUGGAGGCGCUGGUGGGUACAGUGGUGGUGGAGGAGGGUACAGCGGAGGUAAUGGAGGUGGCGGCGGGUACAGCAGCGGUGGUGGUGGAGGACUUGGAGGUGGAGGCGGAGGAUACAGCAACGGAGGAGGUGGAGGAUACAGCAGUGGUGGCGGCGGAGGAUACAGCAGUGGUGGCGGUGGAGGAUACAGCAAUGGAGGUGGCGGAGGAUACAGUGGAGGUGGCGGCGGAGGUUACAGCGGAGGCGGCGGUGGAGGCGGACACGGUGGAGGAAGUGGAGGUGGAGGCCAGGCGUAUGCCAGCAAUGGAGGAUAUGUCUACUAG